UGUGAGCCGCAGGAUGUUUUUGUUCUUUUUCUUUUUCGCUUCACUUUGUUACCAUAGUCACUCUAGAACUAGAAUCAAAAGCAAGAGCCUAUAGUUGACGGCGUUGGUUGGGGUUCUAAGAUUGUUUUGUUUGAGUUAAACGCGACAAACUCAAAUACGUGUGCAUUACAACUCCUAACCCCUCACCAUCCUCUUCUUCUCUCUCAUUCAUACCCCUCCUUUUUUAUUUGUAUUCUCAGCUUUGUUAGAUUCCGUUUCUGGUUUUUCCCAAUUCCAUAGUACUCUGUUAUCGUCGUCAUCCCUUUUAUAGAGGCAUCUUGUGUGGCGGGUACCUUUUUCUUUAAUUGGUGGUUGUAAAGAGCGAGGUGUGGGGUGUUUCUGUGACACGAAGGAUGACACUUGUCAUUUGUCAAUGUUUGCCUUUAACUAACGGACAGACAAAGCUGAUUCACUUAGGAGCCUCGAGAGCUAUGUCUACAUCUUCUCGUGUUCUUCCCACUCCAUUGGAAAACAAGUAUAUGAAACCCCCAGAUUCUUUUCAGCUUUCGCCAGUCAGAGAUCUGACUGCAAAUUCAGCCUCAUCAAAUUCAAUCAGAAGUGCUGGGAAGAUGUUUUCUUCACCUUCUAAAUGUCCCGAUGACUUCCCUUUUUCCUCUGUUUCACAGCAUGAUAGGCAAUAUCAAGAUCCCCCCUUUGUUUCUCAGACAAUUGGUGAUAGCGUGUCUUCCGAAAUACAUUCAAUGACAUUCAUUUCUCACCCUCAAGAAAAUGAAGAUCUUUCCUGGGGACCAGAUCCAUGUCAGGAUAUUCUUGGCUUUCCUGAAAAUGUUUCUGUCCAGCAUGAUCAGGUGGAAAACAAUGGUUGUUACAUAAAUGAUGAUAAUGUCAAAAGAUCUGAUUUUGGGGAGUGGGUUGAUCAGUUAAUGUCAAUUGAUGAUUCUCUUCACCCGAGCUGGAGUCAGCUUCUUGCUGAUGACAAUGUAGCAGAACCAAAACCAAAGGCAUCUCAGGUUCCUCCGCAGCAGCAUAUACCAUCUGGAGAAGUUGUUGGUAAUUCAGCAUCAACUGCAUCGCAGACUAAGGCUAGAAUGCGUUGGACUCCAGAACUUCACGAGGCCUUUGUGGAAGCAGUUAAUCACCUUGGUGGUAGUGAGAAGGCUACUCCAAAGGGUGUGUUGAAUCAAAUGAAAGUUGAAGGUCUUACUAUCUAUCAUGUAAAAAGCCACUUGCAGAAGUAUAGAACUGCCAGAUACAAACCAGAGCCAUCAGAAGGAACGUCUGAGAAAAAGGUGACUCCAAUGGAAGAAAUGAAAUCUCUAGACUUGAAAACGAGUAAGGGGAUCACUGAAGCAUUACGUUUACAGAUGGAACUCCAGAAGCGACUUCACGAACAACUUGAGAUCCAAAGAAAGUUGCAGAUUCAAAUUGAAGACCAAGGGAAACGUCUUCAGAUGAUGUUUGAGAAACAGAGAGAGAUGGGUGACAGCAAGGUUAACGUCUCCUUGGACGAGCCUUCUGCUGCUGCACCAUCAGAAACAGUAGAAACCACAAAUGAGGAACGCCACAAAUUUGAAAGCAUUCCAAAAGCCAUACCCGAAGAGAAGGAGUCAAGCACAACAAAACAAAUUGCAGGUGAAGCUGAAGAAAUGAUCAAGGAAGAUGAAGUUGCACCACCCACAAAACGGGUGAAAAGUUCGUAACAGCAGGAUCGUUGUUUUAUGCCUUCUAGAUUUGUUUAAUAUUCUUAGACUGGUUUGGACUCCAUGGAACUUGUAGAAAUAUUAUUGGAUCCAAGGAUGUUUCAACUUGCUCAUUUAUCACAGCCAUUUCCUAUGAAAAUAUGGCAUGAGUGCCACAAGUAAUGGUGGCUCAUUGUGAUGGAAAUUUUGUUACCAUCCUCUUAGUGGUCCUUGAGGUUUUUUUUUUUUCUUUUCUUUUUCACAUGUAAACUAGCAUUUAUUUAUACCUGUGUUUAAUGUAUUAUAUAGAAAAUCAGAAUUGAAAAAUAAAA